AUCGCUUCUCCAAAUACAUAUCGAGUCUGGUAAACAAGUGUGGAAUAGAAGACGGAGCAAAACAGAUCCAACAAUGGCGUCUCCGGCGACACCGCGACAAUACCCACUCCAACGCAUCUCCACCUUCAAAGACCGCCCCUCCACCACCGCAUCAACCCCUUCUUCCCCUCUCUCCUCCUUCGCCUCCGAUCCCAUCUUCUCCGUCUUCCUCUCCGCCGACUUCAACUCCACCUCCUUUUCCUCCACCGCUCUCUCCACCGGCUCCUCCAUAGCCAUCGCCGAGAAGCUCCAGCUCGCCAUUCGCACUCUCGAGAACCAGCUUCGAUCCCAGGUCCUUUCGCACCACACCCAUCUUCUCUCCCAGCUCUCUAAUCUCCACCAGGCUGAUUCUUCGCUUACCCAUCUGAGAAACUCGCUGAGUACUCUGCAGUCAUCGCUGCUGCGUCUGCGGGCCGAGAUCACGGAGCCCAAUAAGGCGAUAAAGUCGAAGACUACCCAGCUUUCGAAUUUGCAUUCGAGUGUGUCGUAUUUGCAGGGGACGAUUAGGUUGAUUCGGUUGUCGAGGAAGCUGAGGGGGUUGAUGGGGGUGGAGAGUUUGGAUUUGUCGAAAUGUGCGCAGUUGUAUUAUGAGGUUGUGAGUUUGUUUAAUGAGAGUGAUUUGGGGGGAAUUGGGGUUGUGGAGGAGGAAAUGAAGUGGGUUUUGGAGUGCGGGGAGGAGUUGCGGGUGAAGGGGAUGGAGGUUCUUGAGAGAGGGUUGGAGUCGUUUAAUCAGGCGGAAGUUGGGGCGGGGUUGCAGGUGUUUUAUAAUUUAGGGGAGUUACGUGGUACUGUGGAGGGAUUGGUUGGGAAGUAUAAGAAUGUUGGUGUCAAGAGUAUUGCCAAUGCGUUGGAUAUGAAGGCGAUUUCGAGUGGUGGGGGGAUGUAUGGAGGAGGGCCGGGUGGGAUACAGAGGAGUGGGACGCCGCAGAUUGGGGGUGGGAGUAAGGCCAAGGAAGCGUUGUGGCAACGGAUGAAUGGGUGUAUGGAUCAGUUGCAUAGUAUUGUUGUGGCUGUUUGGCAUUUACAGAGAGUCUUGUCGAAGAAGAGGGAUCCGUUUACUCAUGUGUUGUUGCUCGACGAGGUUAUGCAGGAAGGUGAUUCAAUGUUAACAGAUCGAAUUUGGGAGGCACUUGUGAAAGCCUUUGCUAGCCAAAUGAAAUCUGUUUUCACAGCAUCGAGCUUUGUUAAAGAAAUUUUCACCACUGCCUAUCCCAAACUCUUCUCUAUGAUAGAGAAUCUCCUCGAAAGAAUUUCACGUGACACUGAUGUUAAAGGAGUACUACCAGCUAUGAGUCCAGAAGGAAGAGAGCAAAUGAUUAAUGCCGUUGAAAUAUUUCAGACAUCUUUUCUGGCCCUCUGCUUGAGUCGUUUGUCUGAUCUUGUUAAUACUGUGUUUCCAAUGUCAAGUCGUGGAAGUAUUCCAUCCAAGGAACAUAUAUCAAGAAUUAUAUUACGCAUUCAGGAAGAGAUUGAAGCUGUUCACAUGGAUGCUCGUUUAACACUGUUAGUCUUGCGAGAGAUCAGCAAAGUUCUUCUUCUGGUGGCACAAAGAGCUGAAUACCAGAUUUCCACUGGACCUGAAGCACGUCAGAUAACAAGUGCGGCAACUUCAGCUCAGAUAAAAAACUUUACACUUUGUCAGCAUCUACAAGAAAUUCAUACACGCGUAACGUUAAUGGUGAAAGGACUGCCUGCAAUCGCUGCAGAAGUUCUGUCUUCUUCGUUGGGCACAAUAUAUGGUGUUGCCUGUGAUUCUGUGACAUCCCUUUUCCAAGCAAUGCUUGAGCGCCUCGAGUCUUGUAUCUUGCAGAUCCAUGAUCAGAAUUUUGGUGCACUUGGCAUGGAUUCUGCUAUGGACAACAAUUCAUCUCCGUACAUGGAAGAACUGCAACAGUGCAUAACUCAUUUUCGCAGAGAAUUCUUGUCUAGACUGUUGCCUACUUCAGCAAGUGCUAGCUCUGUAGGGUCAGAAACAAUAUGCACCAGACUUGUCAGGAGCAUGGCUUCUCGUGUUCUGAUAUAUUUUAUCAGGCAUGCUUCGCUUGUUAGACCUCUCUCUGAGUCUGGAAAGUUAAAAAUGGCGAGAGACAUGGCCGAACUGGAAUUAGCCGUGGGUCAGAACUUGUUCCCAGUGGAACAGCUUGGUGCCCCAUACCGAGCUCUUAGAGCAUUGAGGCCUAUUAUCUUCUUAGAAACAUCUCAACUGGCUGAAUCUCCUCUUCUUCAAGAUCUUCCACCAAGUGUGAUCCUUCAUCAUCUUUAUUCACGUGGUCCGGAAGAAUUAGAAUCACCAUUGCAGAGGAACAAGCUUACAUAUCUGCAAUAUUCACUAUGGUUGGAUUCUCAGGGGGAGGAUCAGAUCUGGAAAGGUAUUAAAGCAACUUUGGAUGAUUACGCAGUGAAGGUUAAGGCAAGAGGAGACAAAGAGUUCAGUCCAGUAUAUCCCCUUAUGAUAAGACUCGGGUCAUCAUUAUCAGAAAAAGCUCCAGCAUCUCAUAAACCUUUUUGACACUGUUAAUCUUUAUAUUUUCAGUGGUUAAUCUCGGAAAAUUAAGGGGGGCAAAAAAAGAUUGUUGGUGAUUCAUCAAUGACUUCAGUACCCCUUGUCUCCCUUCACUGCAUAUAUACACCAAAUCAUGUUGUUGCAGGUAGUAUUCUUGAGCCAAAAACGACAGGAGGGUCAGAGUUCUAAAUGGCUAAAUUGCGGUGCAUAUAUAUAGUUUUAUGUAAUGAGAUAUGUUUUGCUAGACAUGCUUUUCAAUUCUAUUGAUUUUAUUUUCUUAGUAACAUUUCUAUUAGAUCAAUAUUUUGUGCA